GCUAGUUACAAAUGGUCAGUGUCACACCGCAGAUUUGAUGACGUAUAAAUUGCACGACUUGGCGAAACUAAAAAUUGUGAAUCUGAAUUAGAAAUUGGGGAAAGAUGGGGUGUUGGUUGAUAUUACUUAUACUAGCUGUACUCACGACUUCAGUACAGGGUUUAGGAGAGGACCUCACAUUAUUGAUUGGACAGAAGGGGUCGAUCGUUGUAGAAGCUGUUAUUGACAAGAUUAGAGAAAAUUGUAUUUUCCCUGGUGAUCGGUUGUUCCUUACACGUUUAGCUUUGGUCCAGUCCAAUAAUGGUCUUAAUAAUGAAGAUGAUUACCAUGGUGGAAUAUGGCAGGUUGACGAGGACAAAUACAGCUCCAUACAAACAUGUCCAGGGAUACUAGACGAAGCAUGUGAAAAAAUUCAAACCACGCUAAAUAUUGACUGGACGGAAACAACUUGGUUAGAUUUACGGAAACCUCUAUAUUCGGGAUUAGCUGCUUCAUUGUACAUCAUGUUUGAAGAAAAUAUACCAUCUAAUAGUAGAAAAGGAUUGUCCGGUGAUAAGAAAGAACAGGCAGGGAUUUGGCAGAAGUUAUUUGCUCCAGCCAGAGACACUUCAGAUUUUGUUAAUAUCCCAAGUUCUUCAUAUAAAGGCACGUGUAACCGACCCAUAGAUUUAGCAUUUAUUAUUGACAGUUCUGGAAGCAUAAAAGAAGAUAAUUUCACCAUGAUUCUACAGUUUAUAACCAAUGUAGUAGAUGGUUUGAAUAUCGGGCCUAACGAAACACAAAUCGCUGUCGUACAAUUUAGUAGUAACGCUUAUGUAGAAUUCUAUCUGAACAGCUACACGGAUAGUGCAAGUUUAAAACGGGAAGUGGCGAAUAUUAGUUAUAUAGGUGUUGGUACCAAUACAGCAGAGGCGUUAAAUAUCACUGCAAAUAGUGUAUUUGUCGAGAGCAAUGGAAUGCGAUCCAACGCAGCGAGAGUGGCCAUUGUUGUAACCGACGGACAAUCUAAUAAUCCAGUUGAGACUAUAGCAGCUGUCCCAAUAUUAAAAUCUAAAGGAGUCAUUGUAUUCUCAGUCGGAGUUGCAAAUGUGAAUCCAGUGGAAUUAGAAACCAUUUCGUCUGAGGUUAAUUGCACCCAUGUUUUUAUUUUGAAUGAUUUUACUGAAAUAGAGACCAUCAUAAAUGAUAUACAGAAAAAGGCGUGUCGAGUCCACCAGAAUUUAUACUACAAUUCACGUAUAACAUUACCUUUAACGGAGAAUGCUGCAGAAGUAUAUGUCAAGAUUCCAGCUCUUAAAAACCAGAGUGUAGUUAUAACAAAUGUGACAUGUGGUGUAGUAAAAAUCUAUGUUUCUGAUGAUUCGUCCAACCCCAGUGCUGCUCUGUAUACUUUAAGAGAUGUGGCAUUACCCGACACACCGUCUGUAAUACGUUUGAAGAACGGAACAGAAGUGACCAUCACCUUUCAGGGGUAUAAAGAAGGAACGUUAAAAACUAUUGGAUGUAAUAGGCCUGUUUUUACAUCUUCAGUUCAGGAAAAUCCUUUAGGUGCUGAAAUUGUUUGUCGUAAGAAUGAAACUGAACAACGGUGUACAUUGACAGAUUUUCAACAGAGUAAAUAUAAUAAGUAUGUCGAAAAUGAUGUUCUAUAUCUUGAUAAAGAUUGUACAUCAGGACUAUUUGGUAAAAGCGAACAGAUUUUACAUACUUACAGUCCCGACCCCACUAAGUUUAUAAAAUGUGACGAAGAUGGGAACUCGUUUAUUACUCAGUGUCCUGAUGGACAGGAGUGGAAUGCAGGUGCACAUACAUGUGGUACACAAAAUAAACCAUCGAAUGAAGACGAUUUACCAUCUGUUGACAAUAGCACAAAUCCAACAAACCAGACUGAGAGUCUAGUGAUUAUUGUAAAUGAUUUUUAUGAGCUGGUUAACAUGUUUAAAAACGAAACAAUGCGGAGUGAAGUUGUGUGUCGUAGAUAUGGUCAAGAGGUCGACUGUACAUUAUUUGAUAUUCAGAUCAGUGAAUACAGCAUAUAUCUGGCCCAAGAUUCAUGGAGUUACAAAACAAAUCCAUGUCCUACGGAAGAUCAUUUAUUAAGAGAAAAGAAGAAUCGCCUGAAAGUUAAUGAGUUGGACAGUAGAAAGUUUAUUAUUUGUAAGCCAGGUGCUGUAAUGUAUGUUACCCAAUGUCCCAACAAGAUGCAUUAUUUCAAAAACGAAUUUAAAUGUCGCUUACCGCAAACUGAAACAGUUUCUUUAGAAAUAUCUGUAGCUGCAGUUGGUACAAUUAAUGACUUUAUUCAAUUAAUACAAAUAUAAUAGCCUGAAUUGGAAAUACGAUUACCUACGUACUUACAUAUUCUAUUUGUUUUCAUUUAAUCUUUCGUCUCAUGAUAUAUUCUAUUUACAGUUCAAGCAUUAUAAUAACGGGUGAAGACACUUCCUUUUAUUAUAUUACUAGAAGAAUGCCCGGCUUCGCUAGAGGGUCAUAACCCCGAAACCGGAAGUGGUAGACUAACGCCACCUGACCUAUGUUACUCCCCGGUCCGAGCUACCCCUAUACCCCAAAUUUCAGACUCGGGGCAGACCUAGUGUAGCCGCCAACCCCGAACAGACAGACAAACAGACGGACAGACAGACAAAUGACAGUCACAAAUAUUAGUAUAGAUAAUCAUAUAUUGAUAUCUAUUAAAAUUUAAUUAAGAUAUAACAAAAAAAAAAACCCUUAAAUUUCUCACCUUUAUUGCUAUUAUAUAGCAAAUUGCUAUCGGUUAACACUACAAUUUACAUGUAAGGAGAUACAAAUAAAAUAUUAUUCAAAAUAUUACACUGACUUAUAAGGACUUUAACGUCACCGUGACGCCAAUAUAAUAUUUUGGGGAAAAACUAUAAAUCUUACGUGUAACUUUAUCGUUAAACAUUAGUUCAUUUCCAGUAGACUUGUGUUUAUUCAUUAUAUUAUGUAAUGUACUGAUCAAUGUAAAAAAAUGUUGAAAUUAGAUUAAAACAAUUCCAAACAUAUACCAACGAAAUGAAAUAAAAUGCGACUUAAUGGGUA